AUGAGCUCAAAGAGUAGAAGUACCAUUGAGGUUGGAGCUGAUGGAGUUGCUGUUAUCACCAUUGUUAACCCUCCUGUCAAUUCUCUUUCCUUAGAUGUUUUGUACAGCUUGGAAGAGAAAUUACAGGAAGGCUUAAGGAGAGAUGAUGUGAAGGCAAUUGUUGUGAUAGGUUAUCAAGGAAAUUUCUCGGGUGGUUUCCAUAUCUCUUCCUUUGCUGACUUGCAACAAGGAAAAGUUGCCCAACCAAAACCUGGUUAUGUAUCAGUUGAUAUUCUCACCGACACUGUGGAAGCUGCGCGAAAACCUUUUGUGGCAGCCAUUGAUGGUCAUGCUUUAGGUGGAGGACUAGAAAUUGCAAUGUGUUGUCAUGCACGGAUUUCCACUCCGAAUGCACAACUUGGAUUGCCAGAACUUCACCUUGGUAUAAUUCCUGGAUUUGGAGGUACUCAAAGACUUCCACGCCUUGUUGGACUUGCUAAGUGA